AUGCCUGGAGUCCCGUCAAACAAAGCAUGCGAUCGAUGCAAGAAGCGCCACGUCAAGUGUGAUGAAGGACGGCCUGAGUGUCAGCGUUGCAUUGCUGCCAACGUAAAAUGUCCGGGCUAUUCUCAAGAUCGCAAGUUCAUUGAUCAAGGUGCUACUGUGCGCCGCAGAUAUGCUCCGUAUCAGCGAGAAGACUCUCGGAGCCAGGCAUCAUCGCAGCAUUCAGCACGAGCGGGUACUGAAGAAGAAAGUAGUAAUGUUCAGCCGGGCAAGGUCCAGCAAGAAAUAGAUACGAGAGAGGCGUCGGGUCAAGAUCCAGCACCCGGUAGCUCUAGAUCCUCCACAACAGAAGAUCAAAUCAAUCCCUCUGGUUCAGGCCAGCCUGAUAGCUUAUCCAGGAAUCAAAUGUCUCUGGAUGUGGAGCCUAAUAUAGCCACCACGGCUCCUUAUGCGAACAUUGCCCUUCCAGCAAACUUUCUCGAUACCGCACAACAGCCUCUUUCAGAUCUCCCAAAUCCGGAGAACUUGGCUUACACCAACACAUUUGGGCUUUUUAAUUCUUUACAGUCUCCUAUGUUCUUCGGCAAUAAUUCUGGAAAUUCUGAAAAUUUGAACUCCACGUCAACUUCUAACUACGCGUAUACCAUGCCGGAUGCGCGUAACGUCAACGCAUUUGGAGAUCUUUACUCAGAGCUAAUGAUUAAUAGCGAUCGUGAAAUUGCAUUUCUUAAAAGGCACUACGUCGAGUUUAUAUCUCCAUGGCUUGAUUUGCAUGACUCGGAGAAAUUCUUCAUGCUAAAUGUUCCAAAGAGAUCUCUUCAAGUUCCGUUCAUACAAUACGCCACAUUGGCACUAGCUGCAAAGCAUCUUGCUCGAAUUAAUGGUGUCAGAUCUUGCCGCACCACGGCACUUAACACAACAACGACAGAAACAUACCCUAAUGCAGGCCAAGUCGAUUGGCUCUUCAAAGCCACCAAUUACUACUACCAAGCACUAUUCCAUUUGAAACAAUUACUCUUUGGUCAAGCAGACUUUCAGCAAUUAGAUGCUGCGACACCACCAAUUCAGAUCCUAUGUCAGGAUCUAGAAAUCGAUCAUACAUCCGAAGGGGCUCGAAGGGCUGUUCUUCCCCCAAGUUUCAUAUCCUACAUGGAUGAUAUUCUACCCGGUGUGGUCAUCUUGACCAUCUUUGAUAUCAUAGAUAAACCUGGAACGGAAUGGGAAAAGCGACUACUCGGAUUAAGGCAUCUCAUGCAAUCCAUUAUGGCGCUGACUACGUCUCCCAGCAAGAGCACCAGCCUGUCGUAUGCGCUCCAGGUUUCCUUCUGGAACCUUGCAUACUUAGAUUGUUUCGCAUCAUAUGCCAAUCGUCGACGCACUUGUAUGGAUGCUUACAACUUCGACCUUUUCCGUGCUGCUGGCCUUGCCAUUGAUGACGCGGGAAUUUUCCUGUCACCCACACCUCCGUCCUCUCCACGACGAGAUGAUACUUUUUUACGCGGCAUAACCUUUAUCGCUCUCAAACUCAUGAAUUUUAUCGCUGAAUUCAAAGACAUUCAACAGUCAGCUACUACCAUGUCAUCACCAGUUCCGGACUUUUUAUCAAAUAUCUCCGUACCUCAGUCGAGCGGUCUUGCAGUGACAUGGCAUCAAUUGGUCCAGGAGCUCAGUAACUGGCACAAAUCUCUGCCUGAUACGUUCGAACCAUACAUUCGUCUAGAGAAUCCGCAUGAUCUCGUUUCCCCGACUCCUUCUGCAACAUCUCUACCGUUUCCAGAGAUAGUAUUUAGCAGCGCCACACAUGCGGCUACGGUGGCACUUCACGACUUUGCGCGCAUCAUUCUCCUGCUCAACAAACCGCACGACAGUCAAAGUGUAGCUCGUGAUAGAUUGGUUGAGUACAGGGAAAUAACGAAGGAGGUCGAUAUUCGUGCUCGUGAGAUCGCUGGGAUUGCAAUGGGCAGAACCGCAUCCGCCGUGCAGAUUCACCUGGUUCAACCAUUAUAUGUGGUUGGUUUGUGUGACGAUCGGCCGGAGGCCCGUCAAAAAGUCGUCGAGCUGCUUCGCAUCAUUCGAGCAGAAGCUGGAUGGGAGACGGAAUAUAAGAUUGCGCAAUUACAUGAACUUUGGAAGAAGAGUUGA